AAUGUAGGAAUGAGAAAAUAUUACAAACGUUCUAUCGAUAUCGAUAGACGAAACAGCUGGAUUCAACGAGGUUUGUUAUUGUCCAGCUGAACGAAUUUUAAAAAAAAAAAACAUGUCUGCGGACUACGCUCAUCUGUGCUCUGCGAUUGUGGAGCAGUGCUUCGGAAAAGUGUCGCAGUCAGUGACUGAUUGCUUGUUCUCAGCAACCACGCGUACAUUGUCGCAAAUCGCGAACGCCACAAAGUUUUCCCGGAAGGAGGUGGGACUAGCACUGUCGGUGCUAAUCAAGUUUCGUUUGGUGAACUUCGAAGCAUCCAAGCUGAAUCCAUUUGUGCCAGAAUAUUCUCUUAGGCGGCCAGAUAUUCUCUGUCUGCUGCGUUACCCGCGGUACAUUCAUAUGGUGCAAACAAAGUAUGGAAAUGUUGGUGCAUCUAUUGCAGAGGAGCUGAUCAACGCGGGCUCGGAUACAGCGAGCGCUAUACUGAUCAAGUGCCUAUCAGAAGGAGAAACCAAGGCGGAUGGUGCCGAAUCCCACCGUAACACCUUUCUUCAAAUGAUAACCGAUCACUAUAUCAUAAAGAGGCCGGAGCUUAUAUUGUCGGAAGAGCAGGAUGAGGUGCUGCCGAAAUUCGAGAGCAACGAGUGUGACUAUUUCAGGCAUCCCAACGUUGAUCUUCAGCUGAUAGAGAAGAUACGAAAAGGCGAAGCAACAUUGGCAGAGGCCGGCGACAGUGCCAUGAUCUGGAACAUCAACUAUGACCGAUUCCAUCAGGACUUUCGGGACUCCAUCAUGAUAGACUCCAUUGAACGCAAGCUGGGGGAAAAUGCUUCCGAGUGCUUUCGUUUCAUAUUGAAGAUAAUGUACAAAACAACGGAUCCCUGGCAGCGCAAACUUUCCAACCAAAUCACUUUUGUGGAUAUUAAACAGACAAUCGAGAAGAAAUCGAACAAUUUGGAUCUUAUGAAGCACUUGGAUCAGUACAUAAGCUUAUUAACUGAUGACUCCCUCGGUUUCCUUCGAAGAGUUGGUGACAUGGGUGGCGGUCUGUAUGUUGUGGAUAUGGAGCACGCAUUUCAAUCGCUUGCUUUUGCGUGCAUUGAGUCUGUGAUUACAGAGCGUUUUGGUUCGAAGGCGGCACGCAUAUUUCGUGUGAUACGCUUCAAGAAAUUUAUAGAACAAGAGGAUUUACAGAAAGAGGCCAUGAUUCCGGCCAAGGAGGCCAAAUCACUGGCCUACAAUUUGUUCCAAGAACAGUUUAUACACGUGAAGGCGAUCAAGAAAGCUGGUGGCGGUGGCAAUGGUCUGGCGAAGUCGUUUUAUCUCUUUCAGAUCAAGGAAAAGGAUUCUGCGAGGAUGUUACUGGACAUUUGCUACAAGUCCCUCUACAACACCAUCGAGCGUUCCAAUUUUGAGAAAAAUGAGCACAAGGGUCUUAUAGAAAAAUCCCAAAGGCUGGACAGCAUUGUGGAGACCAUGAAGGAACGGGGAGAAUCUGACGAAUACAUAGCUGAGAUUGUGGAGACAUUCACACCACCCGAAGUUGAGAUCCUUAAUAAAGUUAAACAUCGCAUAAAGACCUUGUCGAAGGCUGAACUGACCAUGGACCAAACCAUCUUCCUCCUGCAAAUGUAUCAGCAUCAUUGUACAAUUUUACCAACGGGCAUUGGCAAAUAUAAAUAACAAUCGAAGAGCAAACGAAGAAUACGAUUAUUCGAAUCAUCUUAUUUAUUGAAAAAUGCUAAAUUUGUAUUCAACUUCUGGGAUCUCCUGUUUUAGGUUAUUUAAAUAGAAUAUGCUUAAAGAGGUGUAUUAUUCCGGCGUAAUUACGCUACGCUUUCGAUGCACGAUUCGCUGUUCCCGGUGGGCCUUUUGCAAUUUAAUGAAGUGCUGUUGCAGAGCAUCAAAAUCGAUUCCGCUUUUGUAUUCCAGCGAGCUUUGCUCAUCGCUAAGGCAGACACAAAAAACACUGAUUUGGGCACGCACUGAAGACGAUUGCGGAGAGUGUCGAAGGCCUCCGUUUGCGGCAGCAACAUGAGAAUCCCAAACAGAGCGUGUGCCAAAUAUUGUGCAUCGGCGCCAUUGUUCGCUUUCGAUACCAGCGUCAGCCGCAGCGGUGCAAAUAUUGGCGAUUCGAUCAGCUGCACAAGUUUAUCCAGUUCGUUCAGCAGUUCCAGAGUCACUUCAACGUCAGCACUUGAGUGGAGAAGUAAAUGGUAAGCGAAAGGGUUGUACGGAUAUGCCGAAAUUA